AUGGCGAACGAAAAGGCGGUGACCCCGCUCAUCAUUAACAAUGAGUCCAUCGAGACCGAUAUCAAGUUCGAGGUCUACGCUCCUGCGACCGGCGAGCUGAACGGCUACUGUGCUGGUGUCUCCGUCGAGGAGGCCAAGCGCGCAGUUGACAACGCCCAGGCUGCCUUCCCCGCAUGGAAGAAGACCAAGUACAAUGAGCGUCGCGAUAUCCUGCUCAAAGCCGCUGACAUCAUGGAGUCGCGCAAAGAGGAAUUCAUCCAGUACCAGCGCGAAGAGACCGGUGCCGGCCGCCCCUUCAGUGAGGUCACCUUCGGUCUAGGUGUGGAAUUCAUCCGGGACUUUGCUGGCCGAAUCUCCUCCAUCCAGGGUACUGUGCCUAACGUCAACCGCGAUGGCGAGGGUGCUAUUGUGUACAAGGAGCCAUACGGUGUGAUCCUGUCAAUUGCGCCUUGGAAUGCGCCUUUCAUCCUUGGUGUCCGUGCCGUUGCGCAGCCUCUCGGCGCUGGUAACACCGUUGUUCUCAAGGGUUCCGAGCUCUCGCCCAAGUGCUUCUGGGCUAUUGGCGACGUCUUCCGGCAAGCUGGUCUUCCCGCUGGAUGUCUGAAUGUCAUCUUCCAUCGGGCCUCCGACGCAGCGGCUGUCACCAACGCCUUGAUCGGACACCCUGCCGUCCGCAAGGUUAACUUCACCGGUAGCACCAAUGUCGGCUCUAUCAUUGCAUCCACUGCUGGCAAGUACAUCAAGCCUGUGCUGCUCGAGCUGGGUGGUAAGGCGUCGGCUGUUGUCUUGGACGACGCGGACCUGGACAAGGCCGCCAUGAACUGCGCCAUUGGCUCCUUCAUGCAUUCCGGACAAAUCUGCAUGUCCACCGAGCGCAUUGUCGUGCAGCGCUCGAUCGCCGAAGAGUUCAGCCAGAAGCUUGCUGCAACAGCUGAGAAGCUGUUCGGCAAGGACGCGCCCGCCCUGGUGUUGGUCAACUCCGCCGCUGCGGCCAAGAACAAGAAGCUCGUGGGCGACGCCGUGUCUCGCGGUGCGACCCUGCUGUUCGGUGACGCCAACGCCAACGAGUCAGUCAACACGGCUAUGCGCCCGAUCAUUGUCAAUGACGUGACCAAGGAGAUGGACUUGUACGCGACCGAGUCAUUCGGACCGACCGUGUCGCUCAUAGUGGUGGACACAGAAGAGGACGCGAUCGCACUGGCUAAUGACACAGAAUACGGCCUCACCGCUGCGGUGUACACCCAGAACCUGUUCCGCGGAUUGCGUGUGGCGAAGGAGAUUGACUCAGGUGCCGUCCACAUCAACUCAAUGACUGUGCACGACGAAUCUAUCCUGCCCCACGGUGGGUGGAAGAGCAGUGGCUUUGGUCGCUUCGGAGGAGCCGCAGGCUACGAAGAGUUCCUGCAAAGCAAGUCUGUGACUUGGCACGAAUAG